UAAACGGAAGUUGGAUUGGUGGGCGAGUGAACUAGAAGUAGAGUAGGAGGGGGGGUUUUAGGGUUUUAGCAAAGAUAAAAUCCAAUUCAAUCCAAUCCAAUCGUGAAUGCAAGAAACCGGCUCAGUUUGACUAUUAUGGAAGAAGAAAAGGAGGCCGUGCUGCGACAGCUAGAGCAGUCGGUUGAGGCCAAUCCACAUGAUUCUGCACUCCGUUUUGAUCUGGGGCUGUUGCUGUGGGAGAAGUGGAAUGAAACAGCCGAAGCUAAAGAAAAAGCGGCAGAGCAUUUUCUGGCGUCGGCCAAAUUAAACCCUCAGAACGGCGUCGCAUUCAGAUAUUUAGGGCAUUACUACUCCCGAGUCUCCCUGGAUAUCCAGAGAGCUCUUAAAUGCUAUCAGAGAGCUCUCUCACUCAACCCCGAAGAUUCCGAUUCAGGGGAAGCCUUGUGUGAUUUACUGGACGAGGGGCGAAAGGAGACUCUGGAGGUGGCAGCAUGCCGGGAAGCAUCAGAGAGGUCGCCGAGAGCCUUUUGGGCCUUUCGGAGAUUGGGUUACUUGCAGGUCCAUCAAAAUCAAUGGUCUGAAGCUGUGCAGAGUCUUCAACAUGCCGUUCGAGGCUAUCCUACUUGUGCUGAUCUCUGGGAGGCUCUUGGCCUUGCCUACAAUCGCCUAGGCAGGUUCACUGCAGCUAUCAAGUCCUAUGGGAGAACCAUCGAGUUGGAGCCAACAAGAGUCUUUGCUUUGGUUGAAAGCGGUAACAUAUUUUUGAUGCUUGGUUCAUUCAAAAAGGGAGUUGAGCAGUUUGAGCAAGCUCUACAGAUAUCACCUCAAUGUGUUUCGGCAUACUAUGGGCUUGCUUCUGGAUUGCUUGGUUUGGCAAAGGAAUGUAUUCAUCUGGGAGCAUUUAAAUGGGGAGCUACAUUGUUAGGGGAGGCAUCUCAAGUUGCUAAGACAAGUACUAAUUUGGCUGGGAAUUUAUCAUGUAUCUGGAAGCUAAAUGGUGAUAUUCAGCUUUCAUAUGCGCAAUGUUACCCGUGGGUGGAGGAGGAUCAGGGUUUAGAAUUUAAUGCAGAAGAUUUCAAUGCAUCCAUCUUUUGCUGGAAAAAUACUUGUUAUUUGGCUGCAAUUUCGGCCAAAUUUUCUUAUCAGCGAGCUUUGCUCUUGGCCCCUUGGCAAGCAAAUAUCUAUACAGAUAUUGCCAUAAGUUCAGAUCUUAUCAACACCUUAAACAAAAGAACUGGGCAUGACUUGGAUACUUGGCAGCCACCAGAGAAGAUGGCCUUGGGGGCCUUAUUACUUGAAGCUGACAAUUAUGACUUCUGGGUGACUUUGGGAUGUUUAGCUAAUCAUAAUGCAUUGAAACAACACGCUCUAGUCAGGGGGUUGCAAUUGGAUGUAUCUCUAGCUGUUGCUUGGGCAUAUUUGGGAAAGUUAUAUAGGAAAAAUGGAGAGAAACAAUUGGCAAAGCAAGCUUUUGAUUGUUCCAGAAGUAUUGACCCUUCACUUGCAUUACCAUGGGCUGGCAUGUCGGCUGAUUUUCAUUCUAGAGAUACUGCAUCAGAUGAGGGAUUUGAGAGCUGUCUACGAGCUGUGCAAAUAUUGCCUCUUGUAGAAUUCCAAAUUGGUCUUGCAAAGCUAGCUCUAGUUUCUGGACAUAUUUCAUCAUCACAGGUUUUUGGAGCUAUCAGGCAAGCCAUGCAGCGCGCACCUCAUUAUCCAGAAUGCCAUAAUUUAAAUGGGCUGUUUUGUGAGUCGCGAUUUGAUUAUCAGUCUGCUAUUGCUUCUUAUAGGCUAGCACGAUUUGCACUCAUCAGUUUUUCCGGCAAUGUUUCAAAAUCUCAUGUCAGAGAUAUAUCAAUCAAUUUGGCCAGAUCGCUUAGUAGGGCAGGGAAUGCUCUAGAGGCUUUGAAGGAAUGCGAAAUUUUGAAAAAAGAAGGUUUGCUUGAUGCGGAAGGUCUGCAAAUAUAUGCUUUAUCAUUUUGGCAACUUGGUAAAAAUGACCAGGCCCUUUCUGAGGCAAGAAAUCUGGCAGCCGGUGUCUCUACUAUGGAGCGAAAAUUGGCGGCUACCUCUGUUAGUUUAAUCUGUAGAUUGCUUUAUUCUAUUUCUGGACUGGAUUCAGCAGUUAAUAGCAUUCUGAAAAUGCCAAAAGAGCUGUUUCAGAGUUCAAAAAUCAGUUUUAUAAUAUCUGCUAUUAAUGCUCUUGAUCAAAGUAAUCGGCUUGAGUCUGUUGUUUCAAGCAGCCGUAACUAUCUUAAAUCUCAGGAUGAGAUAAGCAGAAUGCAUUCGUUAAUAGCACUUGGUAAACUUAUCAAGCAUGGAUCAGAAUAUUGUCUUGCAUUUCAGAGUGGAGUCGCACACCUUAAAAAAGCUCUUCACAUGUAUCCUAACAGUUGUUUGUUAAGGAGUCUACUUGGUUAUCUUUUGCUGUCCAAUGAACAAUGGAAUGAUACUCAUGUUGCUACUAGGUGCUGCAACGUAGGUGCUACUUAUAGUCCAACAAAAGAAGGUUUAAAAACAGCGUUUGAAAUCCUUGGUGCUGGAGCAGUUGCUUGCUAUGCAUCUAGCUGUAGCAAUCCUAAGUUUUCAUUCCCAACUUGUUCAUAUCAGUGCUUGGAUGAACAUGGAGCUAUCGAGCAGCUGCAGAAAUGCUUACAUAUAGAACCUUGGAACCAGACCAUAAGGUACCUACUUAUUCUUAAUUUACUACAGAAAGCACGGGAAGAGAGGUUUCCUCAUCAUCUAUGUAUUGUACUUAAGCGGUUGAUCUCUGUGGCUCUUUCCAAUGAAUGUUAUUCGAAUACAGACGUGCCUUGUCAAUAUCAAAGGUUCCAACUUUUACUUUGUGCUUCUGAGAUCAGUUUGCAAGGUGGAAAUCAAAUUAGUUGUAUCGAUCAUGCUAAAAAUGCUUCAUCAGUAAUGCUUCCCAAUGUUUAUCUAUUUUUUGCACACUUGCUAUUGUGCCGUGCAUAUGCCGUGGAAGAUGAUAUUAUGAAUCUUCAAAAAGAGUAUAUAAGAUGCUUGGAGCUGAAGACAAAUUGUCAGAUUGGUUGGAUAUGUCUAAAAUUUAUUGAAUCUCGCUAUAAAGUGCAAACUGAAACAAAUAUCUUAGAGUUGAGCCUGAAAGAAUGCUCAUUGGAGAGGAAAAACUCACAGGAUAUGUGGAUGGGUGUAUUUUAUCUAGCACAGAGUUUGAUUUGUAUACAGAACCAAGAUUUCCUUUCAGCAGAAGAGUUUCUUGCACAAGCUUGUUUGUUGGCAAGUCCGGAGAGCUGCCUCCAGCUCUGUCAUGGUGCUACCUGUAUGGAGCUGGCCAGGAAUGGGAGUGAUUCACAGUUUCUAUCAUUAGCAAUUAGAAGUCUCACGAAAGCUCAAGAAGCUUCUGUUAUCCCCCUACCUAUUGUCUCAGCACUGCUGGCUCAAGCUGAAGGUAGUCUUGGUUCAAAAGAAAAAUGGAAGAAGAACCUCCGUCUUGAAUGGUUUACAUGGCCGCCAGAAAUGAGGCCCGCAGAGCUUUUCUUCCAAAUGAAUUUGCUUGCUAGGGAAUCAGAAGCUAGGUCAGACACUUCCCAAGUGGAGUCAUGUCAAAGCCCACAGAAAUGGUUCCUUAGGGCAAUCCAUACAAACCCUUCUUGUGCAAGAUAUUGGAAGCUGUUGCAGAAGAUUGUAGUAUAAGUUGCUCAGUCAUUGGUCUGUAAAUUUGGGGGAAUAUAAUAAUACCAAGACAUAUAUAAUUAUCCGUCAGGCUCACUGUCAUCUUACCAUUCAAACAAGUUAUCCUCGGCUAGGACUAAUGAAAUAUUUAUAUUGUGUAGUUGGGUGGAGGUGCUCGCAGGUUUUAAAUUCUCACCCCUUUUGCUUAGUUUUGAAAAUGUUGUGAUGAUUUUCGACUUCUAUGUAUAUCACAGCGUACAAAACAGUUACCUUUAACUACAGCUUUUUGUUACCGGCGUUACCUUUACUGAAUUUCUUACUUUUAUAUUACUAAUUUCAUUUUUA